AUGUCAAUUGAAGAUGAAUUGAUAAAAUUACCAGCUUAUCAAGAGUAUAUAAAAGAAUAUGAACAAUUUACUGAUACAAAUAAACAAACAUCAUUAAUACAAGAACAAUUAUAUCCAAGUUUAACUGGGAAUACAUUAGUAGGAGAAGAUAAAAUUAAUCUUAGAUCAAAAACUCUAUAUUUUGUAAAUGAUAAAUAUUUUGAAUAUGAAGACAUAAUAGAAGAAGUUUAUGAUGAUGAAAAUUAUUCAAUUACAUUUUUCCAUUUAGGUCAAUUAUUAACUGGGCAUAAAGGUAUAAUUCAUGGAGGAUUAUUAGCUACAUUAUUAGAUGAAUUAACAUGUAGAUUAGCAUUUAUAAAUUUUAAAAAUGGAAAAGGAGUAACAGCAAAUCUAAAUAUAAAUUAUAAAAAGCCAACGUUUGCAAAUCAAUUUAUAAUUAUAAAAUGUCAAAUAAUUAAGAAACAAGGUAGAAAAUGUUGGGUUAAAGGAGAAAUAUUAAAUUUAAAUAAAGAACUUUUAACAAGUUGUGAGAUAUUAGUUAUUGAGCCAAAAUGGGUUGAGAAUUUGAUACAUAAGUAA